AUGAAUCGGAACAGGAAGAGGAGAAAGAGGAAGAGGCGCGGCGAUGAAAGGGCCGCCGCCUGUGUGCCCUCGCCCUCCUCCGCCUCCUUCGACCGCGACGUCUUCCCCGUCCUCCUCGCCGCCGUCCGAACCACCCGCCAAACUGGCAGCUCCUCCUCCCCGCCCGCUGCGCUCGCGGCCCGCCUCCUGCGCCGUGUGCUCUCCCGCUCGCCGCAGACGCUCUCCCCUCUCCCGAGGUCCCUCGUCGCGCUCCUCCCCCUCCUCCUCUCCUCCAGCUGCUCUUCUGUCGCCGCGCUGAGCUGCGAGGUGCUCGGCGCGGCAGCGCUGCGGUCCAUGGAGACCGGCGAGAUGCUGGCGUCCGACACUGGCAUUGCCAGCGGCCUGGCGAGGACGCUGGGAAGUAGAAGCCAGAGAGUGAUUGAGGCUGCCUGUAAUUCUAUAUUGGAUCUCUCGGCGUCUUCAGUCGGUAGGGAGCGACUUGCAGGCUCACCUGUUCUGCCCAGGACAUUGCAUCUAUUUUGUCAGGUGGAAUCUGUUUAUGGAUUUGCACAUAGCAGAAGCAUUGAGUGCCCAGAAAGUCCUACAGAAGCAAAUAAAAUCCUGUGCUUGAUCAUUGACACAGUGGUGCUCCUGGUAAAUUCUUGUAAGAUUGACAAUUUGCAGAAUCUACAUCAGGAGCUAGUAAGGAACGUUCUGUCUUUGUUGUACAAAAUCUGGAAGAGAACUCAACUCUUGAGAUCUUCAACUGAUUGCAACAAAUGGAAGAAUAAACUUCAGAGUAAAGAAUAUGAGAUGUCUGAAGCUAUUUUCAGGCUUUCGAUUGGUCUUGCUUCUCCAGCCUGCCCAGAGCCUGAUGUGGUCAGGGAAAGUAUUUUUGGCCAAACAGUGUCCGACUUUGAAACUUUUGUCCUGGCCUACUGGGAAAAGUCGCCUAAUUUGUACAGGAGGAAACAAAGCACUCAAAAGGGUAGUCCUGUGUUUGCUGCACUGCACAGUACUUUUAAUCUUGGAACAGCACCUGAUCCUAUCAUUGAAUCAUUAAUAAAGGGUCUUGUUUCUUGCCCCGCUAUCGCUUCUGAUGAACUUGGCAUAAAUUCAUUUCUCCAUGAGGUUCAUGAUUCCUUGGGUGAUUCUGCAAAGUACAGGCAAGACAUUAGAGUCAUGAGAACACAAGAUCCAAAUGACCAAACCUCAAGUGGAUGUGUGACAGAGGAGCAUUUUUUCGAUGAUGGAACAGUCUUCAUAGAUGAAGAUGCAUUCAUCGAAAAAUGUAAGCAUGCCUUUAAGAAUGGUUAUUCGAUUGCCUUGCGUGGCAUGGAGUUCCGGUCUGAAAAGGUUGCUGCUAUAGCUUCUGCACUGGCUGAUCUAUUUGGGCAGCCUUCUGUAGGAGCCAACAUAUACUUCUCACCUGCAAGAUCUCAAGGCCUGGCCCGACACUAUGACGAUCACUGUGUACUUGUUUGGCAGCUACUUGGUAGCAAGAAAUGGAUGAUUUGGCCUAAUCAAAAGCCAUUUUUGCCUAGACUAUAUGAACCUUUUGACCCUUUAGAUGGCACUUUAUAUGAGAACAGUGGAAGAGUGGAGGUUUUGCUUGAAGGGGACAUGAUGUACAUCCCCAGAGGUUAUGUUCACGAGGCUCGCACUGAUGUCGGUGGAUCAGAGGUGAAUGCAUAUGCUGAUUACUCACUCCAUUUGACCCUUGCUAUUGAGGUCGAGCCACCCUUUGAGUGGGAAGGUUUUGCACAUAUCGCCCUUCAUUGUUGGACAGAGAAGCAGCAGCUUAGAGAUUCUCAACUUGUCGAGUUCAAGGGAAAGUUGCUCUCAGACAGUGAUCCUAUUUUCAGGAAGGCGUGCAUGGUUGCGGCAAAGUUUGGACCAUCCAGUUCCUGUACAACGACUCACUUGAAGGCUUUUCGAAGCAACCAGAGGUCAACUUUCGAUGAGAUACUGAGGAAGAUCGAUCAGAACUGCAGCAUCAAGGAAGCACUGAAGCGCAUCACGUUGGCAGUGAAAGAGCGAGACGACGAAGCCUUCCAGUGGAUGAGCUGGCUGCGCACCACCUGCCUCAGCAAGGAGUUGACAUAA